AGAAAACAGAAAACGUAAAUAAAUGAUUGAAAUAAAGGCGAAAUUGGUGCGGGCGGAUUCGGCCAUCUACGCCACUGGCGAAAGAGUCGAGUGCCUCAUCGAGUUCACCCACAAAGUCUUCUCGGAUGAGCCGCCCACAUCCCAAAACAGAAAUGCCAACGAAGCAAGUCAGGAAAACCUCGCCUGGGCCUCGGCGCAGCUGCAUUGUUACCGGAAGACCAGCUACUCCAUUUCCACGAGUGACAAAACCACGGAGCUCGCGGAGAUGAUCGGACGAACUGCCCUGGAUGCGGUGACCCAGGCGCCGGGCGAAGUGAUUGUGGCCACCAAACCCAAGAUCCUCUUCUGCGACCUGCGCCUGCAGCCCGGAGAGUCCAAGAUGUACUUUUUUAAUGAAUUCGUUCCGCGCGAUGGCCCACCGACCUACAGAGGUCACAACAUCCGGUACUUCUACAAGAUCACCAUUGCUACGCAACGGGUCAAGUCCAAGGUGCAGACGCUGACUGUUCCCAUACGGGUGUUGCCCAUUCCCAUAAUUUCCCGCCCGGAUGAGCUGCCCGUAACUGUAGAGACCAACGAGGAGCUGGCACCCACUAAUCCGUUCCUCGAGAAGCGCGAGAUUAGCGAACUGGAGAUAUCGUGGCACCACCUUAAGAAUGUGACUGCUCGUCGGGCGCCCAAGUUCUAUCGCAUUUCGAACAAGCGUGGAUAUGUUGGUCGAUUUUGCUUGUUUAAGCCAGCUUACAAGCUUGGCGAGGACAUCGUGGGCAGCCUAGACUUUGGGCCCGGUGUAAGCCCCCGCAAGGUUCGCUGCGUUCAAUUCUCGGUGAAGCUCCAGCAGCAGGAGCUUUCCGUCCGUCCACAGCCUGUGCAGAAUCACCAACUUCAAUCUCAAUCGUCCACGGGGGAUGAUGUUUCCUCGAUUAACUCGUUUGAUAUGGCCAGCAUAGCUAGCGGAGUUGUUGCUGAUAGCCUCCACAAAUCGGUCACAUCGGGAAGUUCACGGGACAAGGAAGUUCCUGAACCGACCGGGAAACUCUCGACCAUUUCCACCUCUCACCAAGUGUGCUAUGCCACACUGCAGACCCAGGUAGUAGUGCCGAUUCCGCUGCAUGUAACACCCACAUUCCGCACGGAUCUCGUCGACGUCCGUUGGCGAUUGCAUUUCGAGUUUGUGACCACCACGAUGAUGGACUUUGGCAUCCCGAAUCCAGAGUUUGGCGAGUUGAAAGCACCGGCCGAGUUGCCCGUGGAGACGAUGGUGUGGAACCUACCGGUCACCAUCUACGCCGCCAACCCUCUCCAAAUAUAUGCCCCCAACCAGACCUUUAAUCUACUUAUCAAGUGAUGCAAAGCAUUUUACUGUUGCAAUAUAGAACCGGUUCGCCAAAAUUUAAGUUAUUC